AUGCCCAAUGGAAGCUUAGAUAAGUAUCUUUACAAUAAUCCGGAGGUAACACUCGACUGGAAACAGAGGUUUAAAGUCAUCAAAGGCGUGGCCUCUGGCUUGUUCUUCCUCCACGAGGAAUGGGAACAAGUGGUGAUUCACCGCGACAUCAAAGCCAGCAACGUCUUGUUAGACGCGGAGCUCAAUGGGAGACUCGGAGACUUCGGUUUAGCUCGGUUGUGCGGUCACGGGUCGGAUCCUCUGACCACUCGCGUCGCUGGAACGUGGGGAUACUUAGCUCCUGAUCACAUCAGGACAGGAAAAGCCACGACCACUACCGAUGUUUUUGCGUUUGGAGUGCUCCUACUUGAAGUAGCGUGCGGUAGGCGUCCUAUAGAGAUUCUGAGCGAGAUUGAUGAGAGGGUUUUGCUCGUGGACUUGGUUUUGGGGUUUUGGAAUGGAGGAAAUAUUUUGGAUGCUAAAGAUCCGAAUAUAGGGACAGAGUAUGAAGAAAGUGAGGUGGAGAUGGUAUUGAAGCUAGGUUUGUUGUGCGCUCACUCCGACCCAUACGCUAGACCAACUAUGAAACAAGUGUUGAAUUAUCUAAACGGAGAUGCAAUGUUACCAGAUUUGUCACCGUUUGACUUUCGUGGAAACGGGAUCCACCACGGACUUAGUGAGUUAAGCAUGACGUAUACCGGUGGAUCUUCGAUGGUUGACUCUGUACUCUCCGGCGGAAGGUGA